AUGGACGCACAGGACAUCGUCUCCAAUAUCGCCUUCACCACCUCCGGGUCGCUCGUCGACUGUGUCGAUAAAAAGAUGCUCGUCGUGCUUCGAGACGGCAAGAAGCUCAUCGGAGUUCUGCGAUCUUACGACCAGUUUGCCAACCUCGUAUUGCAAGACACCGUCGAGCGCGUCUUUGUUGGCAACCGAUACGGUGACAUCGCACGUGGCGUCUUCCUCGUGCGAGGCGAGAACGUCGUGCUCAUGGGCGAGAUUGAUCUGGACGCCGAGGACGAAGUGCCACCAUCGAUCGCCGCACCAUUGCCUCCAUCAGCGCUGCCGCAGCUUCUGGCUGCCAAGGAGGCCGAGGCCGAGUCCAAAGCAAAGAGCGAAGCAAAGAAGGCAGACGUCCUCCGCAUAGCCCGCGGCUUCUGCGCCGACAAGAGCGGAGACGGCGACACCUACUAG